AUGGUUAUAACAAAAGAUGUUAAUCUUCCCGAAUUUACAGCAUUAAACGUUCAAGAAGUUGAUUUAUCAACGGCUACGCUUAUGUCUGCCGGACCCUACCUCGGCAAGGACUGUGAAGGCAUCAACAACGAAUUUAUGCUGUGCCGGUACGAAUCCCAAGACCCCAGGGCUUGUUUGGACCUUGGCAAAAAAGUGACCUCUUGCACUAUGCAAUUUUUCAAAAAAGUCAAAAGUAAAUGUCAACAUGAGUUCAAUCAAUAUGCUCAUUGUAUCGAUAAAAGCUCCGGGGACUAUUCGUUCGCUAAUUGUCGAAAGACACAGGCGGUGUUUGACAGAUGCAUGCAGGAAAAGUUGGGUUUGCAGAGACCUGACUUCGGAUACUUUUGUCGUGCCCGUGUUCACGAUAGUAAAAGCUUACCGCCAGCACCGCGUGAGUCCUGUCCCUGCCACUCGCAGGUACCUGACCCUACUCCGUCGUUGCCAGAUUGUAAACCUCGCCCAGCGGCUCGCUUUUCCAGCCGAUUUCAUUGGAUUACGGAGUAG